AUGACGAAAAAAGCCGACUACGCUCAUUUGUUUUUCCCCACGAAAACACGUCCCAAUCCACUCAAACGCUAUCAUCAAUGAUCACAGAUUUUGGAAGCUUUGGAUAUGGAGCACACAAACUCACUUAUGGUCCAGACUAUAAUUCCACACUCAAAAGAGAGAGAAAGAAGAGAGAGAAAAAAUUGAACGAGGUUGAAGAUGAUGACGCUCUCAACAUCUCCUUCAUCUCUUUCUAGAAGUUUCGGAACCAGAAGAAUUACGAAUGGCGGAAGAUCAUUUGAUCAUACUUUCUCUUCUUUCUGCUUGCGUCGCCGAAUUUCAUGCUCAUUUCAAUGGAGGGCUCUAAACAAGCUUUACAACCCUAUGCAGAAAGAGGAUUUUCGACUUUUUGCACAAAAAGCACGGCAAGGGUCCAAUCAGCUUGAGUACAGGCUUGAUGAUAAUGAGAAUCAGUGUAGAACUGCAGACUUGUAUAAAGAUCGAUAUGUUUUUGGUGCUUCCGACCUCUCGACUUCAAAUCAGUGCACACCAGAUGAAACUGUUACUGCUAUGGACAUAUCAACCUCCUUUAAAUCAACUCAGCAGUUGCUAAAGUUUGUCUUUCUCUUAGGGAUACUCACAGUCCAGGGUGCUGAAAAAGCGAGUGCUACUUCAAAUAUUAUGGACAACUUACAGUCAGCUAACUUCUUUGGAGACCUUAGUGACAUUAGCACAGGUUUCGCUUCAGCAUUCUUGUUGAUCUUCUUCUCUGAACUUGGGGACAAGACCUUCUUUAUUGCGGCAUUAUUAGCAGCCAGAAAUUCUGCCACAGUUGUUUUCGCCGGCACUUUUGGUGCACUUGCGAUCAUGACUAUAAUAUCAGUGGUACUGGGAAGGACUUUUCACUAUAUUGAUGGUGUCCUUCCUGUCAGUUUUGCAGGGAGUGAUUUGCCUAUUGAUGAUAUUGCUGCUGUCUGUCUCCUGGUGUAUUUUGGGGUCACGACGCUGGUUGAUGCCACUUCAAGUGACAGUCAAAAGGCAGAAGAUGAACAGAAAGAGGCUGAGCUGGCAGUUUCAGAAUUUUCUGGAAAUGGUUCUGGGAUCUUAGCUGCUGCUAGCACAAUUGCAAGUACAUUUGCAUUGGUUUUUGUUGCUGAAUGGGGUGACAAAUCAUUCUUCUCAACUAUAGCGCUUGCUGCUGCCUCAUCACCUCUUGGAGUCGUAGGUGGAGCGUUUGCUGGUCAUGGAGUAGCAACAUUGCUAGCUGUAGCCGGGGGAUCUCUACUUGGUAGCUUCUUGUCUGAAAAAGUCAUUUCGUACGUUGGAGGUGUUCUUUUUCUACUUUUUGCCUGCAUAACAUUGAUCGAGAUAAUCCAAGGUUAGACACUCCCCAUUUGUAUAUUAGGAUGAAUAGUCCUAUGUUGCCAAUUUGUAGAAGAGCAGCAUGGAUUCUUUCUAACAAAGACCGUUUAUUUCAGUGUAAAUUCUCUCAUUAUUCUUUGUUGCAUUAAACUUCAUUUGGUUAAUUUUAAAUUUACCUCAUGACUCUUUC